UUAUCACAUUUAUUAAAUUCACUUUCCAGACAAAUAAAUGAAUUAAUAACAAAUAUUAAAGUAAUUUACAGAAAUAACUUCCUCAGUAGUUUGAGUAUAAAUCACUUUAGAAUAUUUUAUUAUCAUGUGUAAUAUUAUUUCUUUUUUUAAAAUAUUAUUUUCUGAACACCAGAGUUUCCUUCAGGUUUAAUAAAGUUUAUCUGAUAUGAAAUAAAGAAUAAAACCAAACUAAUCUUGUUUUUCUAAGCAGCACAGACCCACUGAGAGGCGGAUUAACGUGAUUUAUGGGUGUUUAUUUAGCAACAGGACCUGAUGAAGGUGGAUUAGUGUCUCCAGGUGAGUCCUGCGGCUCGGUUCUCCACCUGAGACCAGAACACCUGCCUGGAGCGGCUCCUCCUGCUGCAGGUCGGAGCUCCGCCGCCGCAGCAGCAGCAGCAGCAGCAGCAGCCGGUGAGAUCAGCUGAGCCCGGCGGGCGGCGCAUUGCUACCUGGCUGGAAUCCUGCUGCCUCCACACGGAGUUGGAGAAGUGCUCCGGACUUCCUGGUACGGGACCAUGGACGCUCGGCGCGCCGCUCCGGCCGCGGAUCCCCCCGCAGCGAUGUGAUCGAGGAGGAGCCCGUCGACUGGAGAGCGAAGGUCAUGAGUGCCUCUAGGAAAGACCCAGCGGAGAAUAACCUCACCUGUCCAAAGCCCCGCCCUACCUGGGCCUCACCCUGCCCCCCGCCCCUGGACUCCCACCAUGACGUCUGAUACCGAGCAGGAUGCAGCUGUAAAACUUGACCAGGAGCGAGCUGAGAUAGUCGCCAAAUAUGACAAGGGAAAAGAGGCCACCGUGGAGCCCUGGGAGGACACCAACUUCCACCUGUACAAAGUCAUCGACCGCUUCGGCUUCGUCCAUGAGAAUGAACUUCCAUCCUACGACUCGGUGGAGGAGAAGCAAAAGCACCAGGAGGUGGAGAGGACCACCAAGUGGCUGAAGAUGCUGAAGAGCUGGGACAAGUACAAGAACAGCGACAAGCUGGUCCGGAGGAUCUAUAAGGGAAUCCCUCUGCAGCUCCGCGGGGAGGUCUGGUGCCUGCUGCUCGACAUCCCCAAAAUCAAGGAGGAGAAGAAGGACUUCUACGAGAAGCUGAAGGCCCGAGCCAGAGGCGUGUCCCCCGACAUCCGGCAGAUCGACCUGGACGUGAACCGGACCUACAGGGACCACAUCAUGUUCAUGCACCGCUACGACGUCAAGCAGCAGGCGCUCUUCCACGUCCUCACAGCUUAUUCCAUGUACAACACGGAGGUGGGCUACUGUCAGGGCAUGAGUCAGAUCACCGCCCUGCUGCUCAUCUACAUGAAUGAAGAAGACGCCUUCUGGGCUCUGGUCCGGCUGCUGUCGGGCCAGAGACACGCCAUGCACGGGUUUUUCGUUCCCGGCUUCCCGAAGCUGAUGCGUUUCCAGGAGCAUCACGACCGCAUCCUGAAGAAGAUGAUGCCCAAACUGAAGCAGCACCUGGACAACCAGGAGGUGUUCACCAGCCUGUACACCAUGAAGUGGUUCUUCCAGUGUUUCCUGGACAGAACCCCGUUCACCCUCACCCUCAGGAUCUGGGACAUCUACAUCUUGGAGGGCGAGAGAGUUCUGCCCUCGAUGUCCUACACCAUCCUCAAACUGCACAAGAAGCACCUGAUGAAGCUGUCCAUGGAGGAGCUGGUGGAGUUCCUGCAGGUGACGCUGUCCAAAGAUUUCUUCUUGGAGGACGACUUCGUGGUGGAGCAGCUGCAGGCGUCCAUGCAGGAGCUCCGCAGGGCCAAGCUGGAGCUGCCGGCGCCAGGUAAAGAGGAUGAGUUUCCCAAGAAACCUCUCGGGCAGCUCCCACCUGAGGUAGCGGCGCCAGUGAUGAACCACGUGGCCAAUGGUCAAAGCCACACGGAGCCGGCCGAGCCUCCCAGGGGCCUGAGUCCUGCAGUGGACCGCCAGCGGGACAGUCGGCCCCCGAGUCGGGCCCGCCGGGACUCGCUGGACAAACCGAUCCGCCACCACAAGGCGGACAGAAGGGAUGGGCACUCCAGGGGAUCUGGUGAGAUCCCCAGCGAGCAUCGCAGGAAGUCCACCUCCACCACUCCAGAGAGGGGGGUGACUCCGCCCUCAGCCCCCACCCCGACACCACAGAUCACCACGGUGGACAGGGGGAAGCCUCAGAGCCACGCCACGGCCAACCACAACUCCAACGCGGCCUCCAGCUCCCGCAAGGAAAUCACCCCCCGCUGGUUCAAACCCUCUGAGACGAAGCUGGAAGCUGUCAAAAUGGCAGCAGCCCGGGAAGUCCAGAUGAGCCGGGGGGCGUCGCCUGCACCUUCCAGCCCGGACGACAGCGCUCUGCUGCACCGCCGGCCGCGAUCGAAGGGGUUCGUCCCUGGCUCCAACCGAGGCUCCAAUGCCUCCCAGUACGACAACGUACCCGGGCUCCCAGAGCAGGAGUUUGAGAUCCUGGAGCUUGACAGACCUCCGUCCAGAAUGAGGAACCCUCGCAGUGAGGCAGCCUUUUCUGUAUCAGCCCUGCAUCAGGGCAGCCCCAACCGAGGGCCCAGCCUGGCUGGGAGCGUCAUCUCCGUCGCAUCAGGGCCCAGGAUGGCCAAACACCCUCUUCCGCCUCAAUUUCCCCACAACAGUCCAGGAGGUGUUCCGGCCAGCUUCUCUGGCAGCCAGAGCCAGUUCCACACACCGCCCCUGCAGCACUCCCCUGCAAGAACGACUACUGAGGUUCCCAUCUUAUAUCCGGCCUACAGCGUGAGCCUUGACCAGAGAGGCGAGGACAGACUCUAUGCCCCGCCGGCCCGAUUCACUCCUCCCUCCACCGUGGCGUACGGCGACCAAGUGUACGCCACCACCCAGCGGCAGCCCACCAGCCUCUCCCCAGAGAAGGCGUUCAUGAACAACUCCUUCGCCACCUAUCGAAGGCAGCCGCCGCCCAGCGCCGCCCGCAACCCCCGAAACGCCAGGCCUUCGCCAGAGCACUCCCUGCAGCUGGAAACCCAGGGCAGCUCCACGCCUAUCUACCUGCAACAACUCACCUCCACCGCACAGGUCGGCGCUCCGGUGGACUACAGGUUCGAGGGGCACCGGAGAGGCGAGUUGAACUACUUGCCGGACGGCGGGCCUCGGCGGGCCGCAGACGGGCACCAGUGGGAGCCAGAGGACGAGCUGCCCCCGCAGUCCCCAGGUGGGAUGCCCCGCUCGCCCAGCUUCCAGCGAGCCCAAAUGUCACCCGUUCAGGAGUUCACUUUCCCCCCCAACCCGGAUGCCCUGCUCCACUACAGGACACAGUUCCAGGAGCAGCAGCCCGUCAUACGACAACAGCUCCCCCAGCUGUUCGGAGGACCACACUACAGGCACGCACAGGAGGCGUUCGCCAUGCAGGAGUCCAUGCUGCUGUGAGGGGAAGUUAGGGAAAAAAAAUAAAUGACAAGACACUGUAAAAAACUGAGGUGUAGUCGCCGACACUGUGGUAAAGACGAGCAGUAGUCCUAGCUUUGUUAGGAACCUGGUUUGUUGUUCUUUAUGUGUGAAGUACUGACCUUCUGACUGUCGCGCUGCAUCGUAACGUUGCAGGACACACCAGCCUCUCAUGUUUUUACUGAUCACUUUAAAAGGAGAAAAAAAAUCUGACUGAAGAUUUAAUUUUAUUUUUGGAUGUAAAUCAUUAACAAGAGGUGACAGUAUAUAUAUCUUUUAGAGUCUGAUAUGUACAGUGGAUUUUUUUUGUGUUUGUUUUUGUUAAUAAUCUGAGUUAUCCGUAGCAGGAGAGCAAAACUCUGAUUUAUUUUCCAUCUUUAUUUUUUUAUAUGUUACUUCCAGAUAUUUACAUUAGAGAUCAGUUUACUCUAUAUGCUUGUGAAUGUUAUUUUUCAAAGAAAUUAUACAAAAGUCGGAUGAUAGCGUUAGAGAACGUCGAUGAACGGGGUUUGAUUUUGAAGCGCCUCCACUGUAGAAAGGAAAAAGCAGGUUUCUGUUGUUUCAGAUGUUUUUAUUUUUAGCAUUACUGUCCAGAUUCAGUAAUCAUUUUUACUCCUGAUCGCGCAGUGCUUUCCACAUUUACACUUACUCGAGACCAGUGUAGUUUUCGGUUAAACUCCAACCCUGAUUAGAGAGCUAAUUUAUGAGGGCUAAUAAUAUCUAUAUUUUUUUGGUUUGGUGGCUGUAAGUCAUCUGAUUUGCUCUGUAACCAUAGAUAACAUGUUCUUUUUUUAAUUGCUGUCGACACAUCUCGAGCUCUCGCGGGGCCCCGGAUGGAUGUGAACUAGUUUCAGUUUGCUUCAUUAAGUCUUAUUAUUCUCAACACUGUCACAUCAACUACUGUUCGGCUGCUGGCGCUUCGGCCGGCAUACAGAGUCAUCUGGCACACAAUCACGCCGUCACGUUUUUUGCACACACACACUACAUGCCACAAAUGUGUGAGUCGCACAUUUCGGCGUUACGCGGUCACAUUCCUCAUGCUCUGGUUUUUAAUGCAGUUACUCUCAGUUACAGUAUUGACGUACUGUUCAUUACAUUCCCUAAGUUAUCUCGUUUUGAUUUUUUUUUUUUUGUUAAACAACUAAUUGCAGAUCAUUCUGAUACUUUGCUUAAUAAAAUGAGGUGGGGUGAAAAUCUAA